CUUUCUGUCUCUCUUGCUGGUCCUCUAUCAGUUUCCCGACUGCCUUGAAUUCAUCAGCUUUCCUCCACCACAAACUUCCGCCUUGACGUUUCUGCCCUGCAGCCAGCUGACAAAGGACUGAACUUUAAAACCGGCUUCAAGGAAGGCGUGCAUAAAGGUUUAACUGCCUCUUGUGGAAACUGAAGACACGGAAGUCUCCCCAUGGCUCAUCAUCCCAUCCGCAAAUACCAGGAGAGUGACCGAAAAAGGGUCCUGGACUUGUUCUCCCAAGGGAUGGUGGAGCACAUCCCCGCCACCUUCCAUCACACACUGAAGUUGCCACAAACACUCUUGCUCUUACUUGGGGUACCUGUCUCCCUACUCCUGGCCACUGGCUCCUGGCUCCUGGCUCUUGGAUCCAAUGUCACUCUCCUUGUGUUCCUAUGGCUCCUGGCCAGAUACCCUUGGAGGAAGUAUGUGGUCACGUGUUUGCACACAGACCUUGCUGACAUCACUAAAUCCUACCUGAGGGCCUGUGGCUCCUGCUUCUGGGUCGCCGAGUCUGGGGGACAGGUGGCAGGCAUAGUGGGUGCUCUGCCAGUGGAGGACGCCCCCUUGGGGAGGAAGCAACUGCAGCUGCUUCAUCUCUCUGUGGCCUUGGAGCACCGAGGUGAGGGGCUAGGGAAAGCCCUGGUUAUGACUGUCCUCCAGUUUGCACGGGCUCAGGGGUACAGUGAGGUUAUCCUUGAUACUAGCAUAGUACAGCAGGCUGCUCUGACCCUCUACCUGCGCAUGGGCUUCCAGAAGACAGGAGAGUACUUCUUUAACAAGAUCUUUAGACUAGUGAACCUUUCUAUCAUUCGUUUAAUGUACUACCUCCCAUCUGCACAGGAAGGAGACCCAUGAGCUACUGUCUUGUGUAUCAGUCAGGAUCUGAUUGACAGUCCUGUAGCACAAGGAAAUCUGGCAUUUUGGUGUAACAAAGAAUGCAAACUCAUUGCUGGUGCACAUCUGAGUCCACUCUGUUUGAUGGCAAGGUUGUUUUCCAUUCUGUGCUUCUAGGUGACAGUGACUCAUUUGACUACCACCACAAUUAUGUCAUAUAAAUAAAAAGCCAAGACAA